AUGACUGAAAAGCGUGCGCUGGUUACCGGUGCCACUGGGCUCCUCGGACGUGAGGUUGCCAAGGCAUUCCAACUCAAGCAUGGCUGGACCGUAACGGGGACGGCCUUUUCGCGCGCCGAUGGCGUGUCCACGCUGAGGGCUGACCUAGCCAACGAGGCCGAAGUUGAAAAGGUUCUUGAUCAGGUCAAGCCUCAUGUGGUUGUGCAUUGCGCCGCCAACAGGUUCCCCGACAAGGUGGAUCAGGAUCCGGAGGGCACGCGACGUCUCAACGUGGCCGCGACGGCUUCCUUGGCUCGUCUCUGCGCGGACAGGGACGUGGCGCUCAUCUACAUCUCCACCGACUACGUCUUCUCUGGCAGGCCCGGUGAGGCGCCUUACGCGGCUGGGGCUGCCACGGGUCCCACCAACCUGUACGGGCAGACCAAGCUCGAUGGCGAAAAGGCCGUCCUCGAGGAGAUGGCAGCCAAGGGGCGUGGUGUAGUCAUGAGGGUCCCGGUGCUGUACGGACACGCCGAGACCCCCGGCGAGAGCGCGGUCAACGUCCUCAUGGACGCGGUCUGGAAGUCCCAGGAGGCCGAGACCAAGAUCAAGAUGGACCACUGGGCCAUUAGGUAUCCCACCAACACGGAGGAUGUCGGGCGGGUCUGCGCUGACGUUGCGGAGAAGUACGUCGACGCUCAAGACGCCAAGUCGCUGCCGAAGGUGCUUCAGUUCUCGAGUGAGGACAAGCUUACCAAGUACGAGAUUUGCCAGGUGUUUGGAGAGAUCAUGGGGCUUAGCAUUGAGGGGAUCGAGGCAAACACCCAAGGCAACGAUCCCAACGCGUCGGUGCAGAGGCCUUAUGACUGCCACCUCAGCACAAAGGAGCUCAAGGAUCUGGGGAUCGACGUGUCGACUCAGGACUUUGGCGACUGGUGGAGGCGCGAGGUGAAGGCCUUUAGGAAGUGA